AUGGCAGCUCUGCCCUGGAGCCCCACACGCCCUGGCCUGGCUCUCCUGUGGCUGGAGGCAGCACCCGUUUGCUCCCUGCGGGCACCACGCCGAGGCGCGAGGCCGGCUUGCAGCACGGAGGGGGUUGCCUUCCUCCAUCACCCGUGCCCCCUCCCCAGCCUCCAGGCCCAGCUGGUCCAAUACAUCCUGACCCUCCACAGCAGCGUCAUGCAGGAGCGGGCCUUGCUGAAGCACCCCAGACCCCGCCGCUCACGCUCUGUGGGGGGGAGGCCCCUGGCAGCCCGGCGAGCCCCCCAUGUGCUGGACAAGGCACUACCGGUGCCAGAGGGACACCUCCAGCCACGCUCCAGGAUCAGUGGCAGCAGCAGGAACAGGUCGGGGAGCCCGACACCAGAGUUCCCAGGAGCCAGCGUGGGCCCUGGGCACAGCCAGGCAUGGGGUGGGGCGACCCUUGAGCCCAGAGGUGACCGGAAUCACCUGGACACAGCGCCACCCUCUGGCAGCUCCCUGAGCACCCGAGCCACAGCUGGGCAGCACUCAGCCCCCAUGCUGCCACCAACAGACGCUCUGCUGCAGGCCAAUGCAACUCCAGGAGGUGUCAAUGGGCCUGCGGCUCUGCCCCCCCCAACGCCCCAAGUGCAGGAGGGCCCUGGGCGCCUGGCCUGCUCGUGUCCCAAUGCUGUGGCCCAGCGGGGAGCCGUGCCGGAGGGGCAGGCCCCACAGGCCUACGUGCCCACGCCCCGCACGGAGGAAGCGGCCUGGGCCGCCAGCGCCCUGACCUUCCUGCUGGUGGUGCUGACCCUCGCCAUCCUGUACACCCGGCUCCACCGCAAGUUCCGCAAGAGCCAGAGCCUCUACUGGGCCCCGGGCGACGCGGGGCAGGAGCCCCUGGACGCUCUGCUCAAGAGGCGGCUCCUGUCGGCCCCCAGCAGGCGCAAGAAGCGGCAGCGGCCCCAGCAGAGGCGGCUGCUGCUCCAGGGGGCAUCGAGCGAGAGCUCGGACUAG